GCCGGCCGUGGAGGCGGACGGGGCCUGCGUUCCGUCGGCGGGCUGGGACGGCGUCCCUUCCCUGGCAGGGGCACCGCACUGUCAGCCGAUGCUUCACCAUGGCUUUGGCUCCCAAGCUGCUGACUGGCAUUCACGGUCUUGGAAAAUGCCAGAUGCCAAGUGCCAUCUCCUGCCUAUUCCUGGGUCCUCGCUUUGCAGGCUACUGCUCCAGUAGUCUUCAGAAGACAGCGGCUGCUCCCAACAAAGCGCUUGAUCCUCAGGGGAAGUCGGGAAGGGAUUUGCAAAGCCCUCACCGGAGAGAAGCUGCCUUGGACAUACCUUCUCCUGACGAGAAGCCUGAAGUGAGUUUUGAUAAAGCAAUUCGAGAUGAAAUCAAGGACCACUUCAGGCGCCUGAAGGAUGAAUUUGUGAAUCAUUGGAUAGGCCCCGAAGGGCGCCCUCUGCAUGAAGUCAUGCUGGAACAAGCUAAGGUGGUCUGGCAGUUUCGUGGAAAAGAAGACUUGGAUAAGUGGGUGGUGACAUCUGAUAAGACGAUUGGAGGCAGAAGUGAAGUCUUCUUAAAAAUGGGCAAGAAUAACCAGAGUGCGCUGCUGUAUGGAAAUCUGAGCUCCGAGGCCCCUCUGGACGGGGACAGUGGCCACAGCGGGUACUGUGCGAUGAUCUCCAGGGUUCCCAGGGGCUCAUUUGAGAGGAAGAAAUCUUAUGAUUGGUCGCAAUUCAACACACUGUACCUCCGAGUGCGUGGGGAUGGUCGGCCAUGGAUGGUGAAUCUCAGGGAGGACACAGAUAUAAUCCAGAAGCACAAUCAGAUGUACAGUUACUUCAUGUUCACUCGUGGAGGGCCCUAUUGGCAGGAGGUCAAGAUCCCUUUCUCCAAGUUUUUCUUCUCCAAUCAAGGGAGAAUCCGCGAUGCCCAGUUCCAGCUUCUGCUUGAUAAGAUCUCAUCUAUAGGACUCACCUUGGCUGACAAAGUGGAUGGCCCAUUCUUCCUGGAAAUAGACUUUAUUGGAGUGUUUACUGACCCAGCACAUACAGAAGAAUUUGCCUAUGAAAAUUCUCCAGCUCUUAACCCACGACUUUUUAGAUAAAGAUCAAGUGGCAGUUUUGCGUUAUUAAACUAAGGAUAAUAGCCUCUGGUGACCGGUGAAAUAAAAGUGUCCUUUAGUGCCAUCUAA